GCUCUUGUCUUCGACGCUGGGUUGUAGACAGAGACCGUGGGGACUGCCCAGGGUCUGAUCUGUUGCUAGCCUAGGGACAGGCCAACUCAGACACUCCUCUGUGCUCCCAGAAGCCAAGGACAUUCAGGCUGAUCUGUGGUGAGUGGGGUGAUGUGAAGGUGAGCAGAGAAAGGACCGUCAUGUUCGCCAGACACAAAGACAUGGCCUGGAAACAGACACCACUCCUGCUCUUGGUCUGCCUAGCCACCACAUGCAGUGCCCGGGACAGAGCAGACCUGCUCAACGUUUGCAUGGAUGCCAAGCACCACAAGACAAAGCCGGGCCCCGAGGACAAGCUGCAUGACCAGUGUAGUCCAUGGAAGGAAAAUGCCUGCUGCUCGGUCAGCACCAGCCAGGAGAUACACAAAGACAGCUCGCGUCUGUACAACUUCAACUGGGAUCACUGUGGCGAGAUGACGCCUGCCUGCAAGCGUCACUUCAUCCAAGAUGCCUGUCUGUAUGAGUGCUCCCCCAACCUGGGGCCUUGGAUCCAGCAGGUGGACCAGAGCUGGCGGAAAGAGCGUUUCCUGGAUGUUCCCUUAUGCAGAGAGGACUGUCGGUGGUGGGAGGACUGUCGUACCUCCUCUACCUGCAAGGCAGACUGGCAUAAAGGCUGGGACUGGACCUCAGGCAUUAAUAAGUGCCCGGACACAGCAGCCUGCCACACAUUUCAGCACUACUUCCCGCCAGCCAGCCUUUGUGAGGGUCUCUGGAGUCACUCCUACAAGGUCACCAACUACAGCAGAGGGAGCGGCCACUGCAUCCAGAUGUGGUUUGACUCAGGCCAGGGCAAUCCCAAUGAGGAGGUGGUGAAAUUCUAUGCUUCCCUUGUGACAGCCGGGGCUGUCACCCAUUCAGCGGUGCUUCUUGUGCCCAGUCUGGCCCCAAUGCUGUCAUUAUGGCUCCUUGGCUGAGGCCAGUCUUCUCUCUAGACCUCUCCUCUAUCUCCCCGAAGCCGGGUCUCAGUUCCGCUCCUCUAAGAAUGAGGAAGUCUUAGCCGGCUUCCAUUCCACUCCUCUGCCCUCCAGUUCCUGCUCCACUCCACGCAGGGCUUGGGGUUCCACAACAGUCAUUUCGAAUAAAUCUGUGACACAUCUCGGUCUAAUGAA